UUUCCGCUCUCAGAAUGGCUCGCACGAAGCAGACGGCGCGCAAGUCGACGGGCGGCAAGGCCCCGCGCAAGCAGCUGGCCACCAAGGCGGCCCGCAAGAGCGCGCCGGCCACCGGCGGCGUCAAGAAGCCGCACCGCUACCGGCCCGGCACGGUGGCCCUGCGCGAGAUCCGGCGCUACCAGAAGUCCACGGAGCUGCUGAUCCGCAAGCUGCCGUUCCAGCGCCUGGUGCGCGAGAUCGCGCAGGACUUCAAGACCGACCUGCGCUUCCAGAGCUCGGCCGUCAUGGCGCUGCAGGAGGCGUGCGAGGCCUACCUGGUGGGGCUCUUCGAGGACACCAACCUCUGCGCCAUCCACGCCAAGCGCGUCACCAUCAUGCCCAAGGACAUCCAGCUGGCGCGCCGUAUCCGCGGGGAGAGGGCGUAAGUGUCUGGUCAAGGAGCGCCAACUUGAAACCCAAAGGCUCUUUUCAGAGCCACCCACUUAACUCCACAGAAGUGCUGUGAUAGCUAAUUAGCCAGGACCACACUAAAUGUAUUAGGAACCAGCGCUUACCUGAUCGUUGGCAUCCCCCACACCCCUCCGGCUGAAGGAUCACUUUUUUUCAACAAAGAAAAGGGCAAAAAGCAUUUACGAUUUUUAGAAGUAAAUGAGUGCAGGUUGACUGAAACAGCUGUUUAAACACCAGUGUGGCACGUGGGCUGUCCCUUCAGCUGUUUGGAUCUUCCUAGGAUCUUUUUAAAACCGCAGAUUCUAGAAUAUAACCUCUAAGAACCUCUUUGCUCAUCAGUGUCCAUGAGGUCUGGAAAAUGUUCAGAUUCCGAAUCCAAGUUUGAAAUUAUAACAAAUAUUUACGUAUUUUUAGUAUUUAUCAGAUACGACUCCUCACCUCAGUAAGUUUUACGUUUUUAUUUUUUGGUUAGCCUGAAGUGGUCUCAUGACUGGUAAGCUCCCAACUUCUUGCAUAUUUAUUUAUAGCUACCUACCCAUUCAGAAGUGUUGAUCAGUUGAUGAAGCAUAAUUUAUCAAGUCCCUUUAUUUAAUACAUUAUUUGUGGCCCUGCUACAGGUUGGUUGUAUGGCUUUAUUUGUUACAGGGCCAUGCUACAUUAUUUUUUCAUGGUUCUCAGCUGUAGUUUCCAUUCAAGUUUAGGAGUUGUAACCCAAUUUUCUUUUAUCUUGCUCUUUUUUGGAGUUGGGGAUUCAGUAUUGGAAGGAAGAUGAUCCAACAGUGUCUGACUGUUGAAAAAAAUAACUUCUUUUGAAAUUUAAUUUCCAUAUUUUACCUCAUUGUUUUGGAAAACAAUUAUUUUCAAAAUUGCUACCUUUAGCCUUAUGAAAGUACAGAAUGCUGUAGAACAUGACAACCCCAAAUUCCAAAGGUUUUGCUUGUUUGGCUCUCUACACCUUAGCUCUUAAACACCUCAAAGUUUGGGGCCUGUCUGAGAUGUCAGUUGAUGCACCAUAUUAAAUCGUGGUAAACUCGACAAGAAACACAAAACACAGAAGAUUAAACUUGAAUUAUGUAGUUUCCUUGGAUUUAUUUACAUUCCAUGAUUUUAAUAAAGCAAACUUUCCUUUACAACAUACUUGCAUUUAAAAAAAUAAGAUUGGACAUUUCUGUGUGUUUGUGUGUGUCACUGUGUUAUAUUUUUGACAUUCAAUUUUUCCAGACUCUUGUACAUGGAACCCUGGCACAGACCCCUGCUACCCCUAUAAAGGGUCUGUCAGAGACUCCAGGAACCUUGGCUUGAAGUAGGGUGACUGCUCUCCAGCUCUGGGUACCAGCUGAAGUCCAAUUCUCUAGGGUUUUCUUAUAUCUGUGCUGGCUCUUACGUACCUUGUUUGGCUUUUUCCCCUAAUAUUUUCUGUAUCUGUUAGGAAAAGGGUAUUUUAGGUACAGGCCCUAAGAGGAUAGUUUUAAAAACUAAAAGUAAUCAUUGGUGUCUGAGGGUUAGAUGGCUUGGGGACAGUGGCUCAGAAGGGCUGUUCCUCACCCCACACCUGCCACCCCUUUCCCAGCCAAGGGUCAAGAAUCAAGGCUUUACAUCUUCAUUUACUUGAGCCCCUCAACAGAAUAAUUGCCCAGUGUCUACGAAGGUAAAUUUAGCACCCUCUUAGAAUUUAUAACUUUGUUCUCCAGGAGUACUCUGGAAGAUGGCAGCACAGAGCAGCAUUUAGAUGGUAGAUUGCCAGCAUUCAAAUCCCAGUUGUACGAGUUACUGUGCCCUUCUACCCACAGUGAUUUCUCCAUCAGAAAAAUGGGAGUUCUACCUACCUCAGAACUGUUAUUGCGAUAACAUGAAUUGAUUUUUGGACACAUAGCAUUGUAUGAGUACUAUCAAUUUCUCUGAGCUAUAAUUUUCCCCCCUAAAAAAAAUUCUAAGAUUUUUUAAAUUAAAAUACAAAUGCAAAAUUUAGCUUCUAAAUUUCCUUUUCAUUUGGCAUGACAUUGUCACUCAGUUUGGAAAUAAAACUUCAGCAGGAAUUGUAAAAUCAAAGAAUGGAAGAAAUUCGCAUUUGCAAAAAAAAAUUUACUGAACAUAUUGAACUGGAGGUUUUUCUAACAUUUUAAUAUCAUUGCAUUAAACAUUUAUUACUUUUUAUUAGCAGAGUGGCUAAGGUAACGCUGGAGGAAAAAAAGGAGUGUUUAAUGUACAAACUGUAUCUUUGAAAUAGCUGUUGCAAGGUCCUCAGUCACAUAGGAUUUUUCUCUCCCAGGCACCACAGAGUGAUAUUACAACACAGGCUGAAGUUUGCAGCUAAUGCUGUUGGUGUUUAGAACCACGUUUGGUUUGUUACAGACUUUAAGAGAGGAGGAAACCAAAAUCAGGGUGCAUUUUUCAGAGUUAAAAAUUCAGCAGUUACCCUUCCAGUCAUCCCAAGAGAAGUGACUUACUAAGCAAUGAGUGUUUUAGGGAGACUUAACAGUGGGAAGUUAGUUGAGAGACUGAACUGCAUUCCAGCAGUGACUUCAGAGCAGCCAGAAAGCUGACAUGGUCAAUGCUCCCUUGGUCAGGGCACGGGAGUAUUUUCAGACAACCGUAUUUGACAUGUCAUGUAUGAAAAACAAAACAGUCUGUCAAUUAAUAGGUGAAUGGAUAAAGGGGCACCUAGGUGGCCCAGUGGUUGAGCAUCUGCCUUUGGCUCAGGCGGUGAUCCAGGGGUCCUGGGAUCAAGUCCCACAUUAUGCUCCCUAGAGGAGCCUGUUUCUCCCUCUGCUUCUGUCUCUGUCUCUCAUGAAUAAAUAAAAUCUUUUGAAAAAAAUAAAGAAAAUGUGGUAUAUAGAAUUGAUCCUUGAACAAUCAGGGUUUAAACUGGCUGAGCCCACUUAUUUGCAGAG